AUGGAGCAAAAUCUGCAUUGGCUAUUGAAGCAGGAGAAGGUGUACAGAGUACUCCGUAAUGGCCUGGGGAAUAUAAGUCGGGCGAUGCAAGCUCAUUAUGCAUGUUCCUGUUGUGAGGGGGUCACUUUCCAGCCACCCGUGCCUGGCGAAGCCGUCCAGCAAACAAAGAGGCAGGACGGGCCAAAUUGCCGAGUUUGGUCUCACCGCCUUAUUACCUCAUCACAGAAGAGUCAAGCUCCUGAUUGGACAGCCGCAGCCAUGUGGGGCCGACUUUCCGGCGUAACGCUGGGAGCUAAAAGACGCCUCAAAGACUGGGCCGUGCUAGGCUGGAUGCGGAAAAGCUCAGCCGGCAGAAAAGAUUGA